AAAAAAUUAUGGGAAGAAUGGCUACUCGUCGAACACCGCCCAGUGGUAGUCGUCGUUCUAGAGGACUUCUCGUCACCGAUUCCGGCCAGUUGAGGAAGAAGAAACGGGCCGUGAAACUCGUCACCAAUGCCAACCGAAAGCGAAGGGGACUUUUGCGACGGAUCAAUCCGAAAGCUUGUCGCAAGAAACCUGGAUCUUCUGUAGACAUGCCGUCGACGGUUGCCCUAACUGCCAAUCGAUCACGCAUGUCUAACUUCCGAUCUUGUCUCAAAAAGAAAGCGACAACAACAACGAAGACGGCCAAUAAGAACAUCAUGGCUUGCAGUCCGUUCGGUCAGAAAUCUGGCGCCAAUUCGGCAAGGAAAAGCCGGUCAGUCGUCACUUUGGUUCAAGAAGAGAAGAAAGAAAGUACGCAAAAAUCAGGAUCGACCAAGAUGGUGACGUCGUCCUCUGUGACGCGUAACCCAAUGGGGUCGUCGUCUUCAACGACGACAACCACGUCCACUGUUAUCGCCUUGAUCUCUACCAGCACAACAUCGAGCAGUGCUGAUUCUAGCAGUACGGCAAGUUUGGUUGGUGUCGGCGCUAGCCGUCGGCAAGUGGCCAUUGCCAUGUACCAAGAACACCAGGAGAAUGUUGAUCAUCAUCCAGUCAUAACUACCAGCACAAAAACCAGUUCGAAGAAUGUUCAAAAAGCUGGUCGAACCAAAAUGACUUGUGAUUUGAAGCACAUGAUGGAGUCUAUUGAACGCGUGGCUUCCGGACAGCCGUGGAUCGACACGUUGGUCACGUCGGACCAAACGAGACACGAAAGUGGCAGCAGCGACAGCAGUUCCAGCAGUUCCAGCAACAGUUCCAGCAGCAGUAGUGAGAGUAGCAGCAGCAAAAGUUCGGAACAAUCGUCUUCCAAGGGCAGGCGAAAGAAGACGAACCGGUCGAUCCAUUUGCGUAACCGGUCCGUCAAGAGAAACGAACCGUCUGGUCAGUCGCCUCCGCCAGUUGGUUCUCUUCGCCGUCCCAACCAACGACGUCGAUUGGCCUGUCUCAACGCUAUGGCCAAAGUUCACUGCCUCUACGAAAGUGAGAUCCGGCAUCCGUUGGCUCAGAAACACGCAACCCGCAUCUUCUCCAGCGCCUCCGACUCUGACCAGAGUGGCGAUGAUUCCAGUAGCAGCGACAGCAGUGAAGAAAAUGAGGCGGUAAUCGAUAAGGCGGUCGACAACAAGAACCAGAAAAUAGCCGCCAAUAAAUCUUCGACUAAUGCGAGGAAGAAAGAGGCCAAUCGGAGUAAGAAAUCGGAGACAAAACGGCCUGCCACGAAGGCGCCAACCGCUAACAAGAAACAACGUCAGUCGAUGGAAGUUGCACCGGUCGAUUUGGCUGCUUUGGUCAUGCCCAAAAGGAUGGCCAGUCUCAAUGCCACGGCCAUCUUGGCCGCCAGUUCGCAGCAGUGGCCGGACAGCCCGAAGCCUCGCCGCGGGAAAACCCAACCGCAAUCGUUGUCCAGUAGCGAUGCCGAUUCGUCCGACGAGAUCGAGCGUGAAACCAAAGUCAUUCCGUCGACCCAACGGCCGAGUGGCAAAUCAAAAAUGCUUCCCACUUCGAGCAAGAAAAAGAAGCCGGCCUUAACCAAGAUCACAAAGAACAUUUCGUGCGUGGAGAGUUGCUCGACGUCGACGGCCGUUUCGACGUCUACCAACAGCCACAUUCUUCGCCUGUCUGCCAAUAUCUUUCAUCAGGAGGUGGAUGGUCAUCAUCAGACCACCACCACUACGAAGAGUAACACCUACCAUCAAUCGUCAUCGGGUAGCGAGCAGAAUGGCAGCAGUGUUACUUCUUCAUCAAAAACCUAUCAGAGGCAAGUGACUACGACCAGCUCUGAUUGCGGACCUCGUUCGUCGCCAAUGGAUCUUGCCCAAACUGUUCCUAGAGUUGCUUCCUCUCAUCAACGUCCGACACAACAAGCGAAACAGCAGCCGACGGUGCAAACUGACGCGCCAGACAGUUACAGUCCGUUGGGCGCUUUGUACAACAUGCGGCCGCCAAAUUUGCAGCAACAACAGCAAGAAAGGACGCCGUCACGUCAUCAAGAUCAACAACAUCACCAUCCAGCUGGAGGAGUUACGUCGGAAGUUUCUUCAUCCCCCAACUCGUCCUUCCAAACGUCCGGCAAUAACAGUUCCGGCGGCCAUAUCAUGACUAAAGACCGCGACAAAGGCUGGUCAUCGGAACGCGUGGCCACCACAUCUUUACCCUCAGUGACCUUUGGUGGAGUGCCGUUGGUGCUCAGCAAUCCGAUCCAGUCGGCCGAAUCGUACAUGACAGCGGCCCGUCUGACUCCAGCAUUUUCUCUGUACCGACCGCCCAUCGACAUUCCUUACGCUUCUUUUUAUCCACCGCCUCCACCGCUGUACUCGGCUGCUCAUUUUGCCGCGCCCUCCUAUUAUCGUGGAUUUGCCUUGCUACCACCACUUGGAUCAGGGUUUGUUCCAGUGGCUCUGGCCGAUAGUUAUUCAGCGUACGCGUUAGCUGCACCCUCGCCUUUUGUCGGAUCGAGUAACGCGGAACUUGCGCAUUAUCUACAUCGAUAUCAGACGCUUGGUGCUCCACCUUGUAGCCCUUUGACGCGGUAUUUACCUACGACGAGUCCUUGCGGUUUGGGGUCUGAUUGGAGAUUGGGCCGUGAUUCGAGUAGAUCACUUGUCGAAUUGCCUUCAUCCUCCAGCAUGCACGACGACCGCAAUCCUCUUCCGUUGGCCGCCACAGAGGCAACAGCCUCUGGCAGUGGGAACAGCACUAGUGUAGGUGGCGUCAGUGGCACACCUGGAAACGGCAACAAUACCUGCCCUAAAGUUGAAGCUGGGAGUACAGCAUCUUCAGCUCAUCCAUCUAUGUUGCCACCACCCUCGUCGACAAGAGGAUUUUUCCCGUUUGCUGGCGGUGCGCCCAUGCUAGGCUCCGCCGCAGCCGCAACGGCCUACGCCAACCGUUGCCUCAACGCCAAUUGCUCCUGUUCUGGACAGUCUUCACCGACUUGUCCAAAAAACGCAUUGGCUGGGCCCCUUACUGGUGAGGGUAAGAGGUCCGGGCCGAAUUCCAUAUCGCAUUCAGUGAUCCCUCACCCCAGUUGUCAUCAUGUGGCAUUGGUUCAGUCGCCUAUGGGUGGCGGAGCUGGUAGCUCGAGUAGUUCGCCAGCAGUUCCGUCCCUUUUGCCUGAACUGUUACUUCACGCCACUGGGCCAUUGGAAACGGCUGCAGAUCCGCAGCCAACGUCUACCUCUAAGCAAAACGAUGACUUUCAUCGUGACGACAGUACAGAGAAGCUGGAAAAACAGAACAACAAUAACAAUAAUAACAAUCAUCAUAACGACAACAAUCGCAAGAAGAAAUCAUUGUCGAGUGUGUUUCCGCCGAGUCCAGUAUCGUCCCGGCUGCGCAGUCGCAUCAGCAGUAAUUCCGGUUGUAGUGUUGAAAACUGUUCGGAAACAUGCUGCUGCCGUUGCGUUUCAGAAAUUGGUAGUGCGCGCCAUCUAGCGGCCAAUAAUGGUACGUGUUUGUCGGAGUCGUUAUCGCUCACCAGCUUGGACUCCGAUCCCAACGAGUUCGUGGGCAAUGGUCAUUCUACGCUCAGUUGCCAUAGGCAGGAAAUGAAGAAAUACAAACGGCUUGGAUCUGACGUUAUUACAAUAGAGCUGGAUAAAAUAUCCGGACGAAAGCGGCAUAAAAACAAAGUACAACAUCCGGAUGAUUUGACGGAAACAUGUGGUGAGCAAUUUGAUGAUCCAUCGUUGUUGACGUCUGAUACGAAAGCGGGAACAAAAAAUGGCACAGCUCGGAAGUGUCGCGAGAAGCUCAUCCUUCCUGACGUGGUCAAGAGUCGAGUGAUGAUUGACCCUCAUAGGAAAAUAACUACCAAGAAAACAAUCAAAAGCAUCAAUAGAACAAAAGAAGAUCCCAAAAUGGUACGAGCUACCUCACCAGUUGUCCGGCUUUUUACAGACAACACCAGCACGCUCCCCCCGACUGCAAAAUUGGAACCUAGACGGGGUGGAUCGAAAUCUCGUUCUCCACUUGUUCCACCCGUUUCGAGCACUUCACCUGCGCUGCGUUGGUCAAACGGUUGGUCAUGGGAAGGAAACAGCUUUCAAUCACUAGUUCACUUGAGAAACGAAGAUCUGCCGGCGGUGCGGAAGUGUUAUCCAGCCAUGAGGCAUACGCAAGGCGAUAUCGUACGCAUGCGUGAUUGUAUUCUCCUCAAAUCAGGACCCAAAGCCAAAGAUUUGCCGUUUGUGGCCAAAGUGUCCGCCCUCUGGGAGAACGCGGACGACGGCGAAAUGAUGAUGUCACUCCUGUGGUACUAUCGACCGGAACACACAGAAGGCGGCCGGCGCGCUACUGAUCUAGACGACGAAAUCUUCGCCUCUAGGCAUCGAGAUGUCUGCAGCGUGGCUUGUAUCGAGGACAAAUGUUACGUUCUCACAUUCAACGAAUACUGCAGGUAUCGGAAGCGAGCCAAGAUGAUGGAACAAGGAGUGCCUCCUCCUUUUGGCGCAGCGAUGUCGUCAGUGACGGGUGAAACGCCAGAGUAUCCUCGACGAUUACGCUUACCACCGACUUGCACGCCAACAACGGCCGACCGGGUAUUUCUCUGUCGCAAAGUUUACGACUUUCGUCAGAAACGUAUCCUGAAAAAUCCGAGCUAGGGAA